GGUUAUCAAGAGAAAUACAGAAAGAUUUUUUUAUUAAGUACCGCCAGCUCUCAUUAUUUUUUCUUCCACAGGAAGGGAAGAAGAGAGAGGAGAGUGCAGCAUAGUAUGGGCAAAGACGACGCCACGCAACAAGUCUCUUCCUCCUCUCAGAAUCAGCAUUGUAUUCGUUGCGAUGACGAUGCCAAUUGCAAUGUCAACAAAAGUAAUGACGAUGAACAGAGACACUUCGAAAGCGUCUGUACCGCUUAUCGCCAGUAUGGGGAUUUUUCAAUAUCCCAGUUGAGACAGCGCGACUUCCGAUUGAAGGCAUUGUCUGACUCUCAGCGGAAGCUCCUUCCUGUCGGCCUGAAAAUUGGUGCUCCAGAAUGCACAAAGCGUUUCAAAGAUUAUAGAGAUGCGACGAUUCGGAAUCAAUUUUGUUUGGACUGUAUACUAAAGCAUGCUGGGCAGCCCCAUUCUCAGCAGCGGGAAAGCCUUGACGUCGAUGCUGCCAAACGUUAUGUCACGGAUGAUCAAAUAUCAAAAGUAUCAUCUGUUUUGAAAAGUCUUUCUCGUGAUUGGUCAGAGGACGGUAGGGUCGAGCGUGAUAUGGCCUAUUCUCCCAUUAAGGCACUCAUCCACAAAUAUUUGCCGCUAGAGUCACUGUCUUCGGAUUUUCGAUGGAUACCGAGAAUCGUAGUUCCCGGGGCUGGAGUAGGACGACUUGCCUUCGACUUGGCAGCCAUGGGCUAUAGCGUUCAAGGCAACGAGUUUUCUUUGUACAUGCUUUUAGCAUCGGAUUUUAUCUUGAAUAAUGGUGGCAACUUCUGCAAUCCGGAACGGCCUCUCCAUAUUUCUCCAUGGUUGCAAGAAUCUCGAAACGUUCAUAAAUCUACCGACCCUCUUCGCACAAUUCAGAUUCCUGAUGUAGACCCAGUGGCAAUUUUGAUGCCACCAAUUCAGGACGAAGAAGCAACGGAAUCAAAACAAGUCCCUGAAUUUUCCAUGGCUGGUGGCGAUUUUGUUUCCAUUUAUAAUCAUGAUCAAGAAGCGGGACAAUGGGACUGCGUUGCCUCAUGUUUUUUCUUAGAUGCUACACCAAACAUAGUUGAAACCCUGCAAGUGAUUUACAAGAUGUUGAAGCCUGGAGGCAUAUUAGUAAACCUGGGUCCUCUUUUGUACCAUUGGUGUGGACCUCCAAUGAGACCCGGCGAUAAUUCUCUCCAGGAUUGUCGUCGAAGAUACAGCCUACUCGACGAUCGAUACUUCACGAGUAUCGAUUUAUCUUACGACGAUGUCAAGGUGAUUUUGGAAAAAGUUGGAUUCGAAAUUUUGGAAGAAAAGACCGGCAUACAAUGCUAUUACACUGCAGAUCAACGCUCCAUGAUGAAAACAGAGUAUCAAUGCGUGAGUUUUGUGGCAAAGAAAACAAUCUUUUGAGGCUACGGUGCGAAAGUGGCAUUGAUACAACGUUGAAUGUACGGAAUUCAUUGACAAGUUCGAAUUUUCCAGAGAAGGUAAGACACCUUUUCAUGACCCCUAAGGACUGCAUUACACUCCAGGAAAGAAAUUAGAAAAGUCUUCCCGAAAGGGAAUGGCUUACGUGACAAAACUGCACCCCGAAAGGGAUGUUUUAUGACCCCCACUUUUGUCUCGUUUUAUCUAUUCUGGAAGAAAAAUAUCGUCCAUCACAGCCCUUGAAACGUCAUUUCAAUCAAGCAAAGGGUCCUUAUGCGAUGCAAACAGUUUUUUGCUUCUUUUCAAAAACUAUUUCUCCAAUUACCGUACUGUAUCUCAUCUUUGAUUUUUGCCUCAAUUUCCGCCUUUUUUUGUCGACGACAUCCUGGUACUUUGGAAUGAACAAACACCAUGACAGCUCAUGGACAUUUUCAUAGUAAGUAUGCAAUUCAACAUUUUCUAUUUGUACACUACGCAAUUUUUAUUCAUUCGUUACACAUUACAACUAGCUAACUUGCAACUAGAUUAGCUUGAAAUAGUGAAGCUUUACCUUCGUUGCGUUUUCUAAUGUGAAUAAUGCGAUUGAGAUUCCUUCUAAUUCCCUUUCUGAACAUUUUCAAGGUUUGGAUUGCAUCAUCUCUUGUCUGUGUGAUCUCACCUCAGAUCGACAGUAGAUAUCCGUUUGUAUUGUCUUUAGUUUAGCCACGAAUGUUUCCAAUGGCACUGCGUUCAUUACUUCUAUCUUUGGACAAACGUCGUUUCAUCGCGACAAUAUCCGUGGAAGGAUCAACAUACUUCUCUGUGUGGACGCAGUUGGAACCGUCCUCGUAACACGCGUAAUUUGUGGUGGUACUAAAACGAACAAAAAGCGAAAUAGAAGUGAGCGGCCGGCACAAAUACUGCUUACAGCAAAGGAACAUAGUAGAGAUGAAAACCAUAGUUAAAACAAGAGCAACGUACAAUUCUCCUGGAACAGCCCAUGCAAUUUCGCCCUCAAUACCGAGUAAGUUUUUACCCAUUUCCAACCGCAUGUAACCCAUCUCCCCCCAGUAUUGACCCCAGCUAUUGCGGACAAUCCAGUAUUUGACCCCGGUUUCACUAUCAGUUCCCCAUCCUACAAUCGCAACGAUGUGGUUUGUUUGUUCCGAAUGACCUUCGUCAGAGAAAAUUCCGCCUGUGUAUUUGACAAUGGGUUCCGCAUUGAUGGUUGCUGCGACCGGGCCACGAGAAUAAAUUUCGGACAUAAUCUUGUGACAGGUUGUCUCCUUAUCAUCGGGGUCGUAAUCGAUGAGUCCAUACUCAGCUACGGUUGCAUUUGGGAAGUAAUCCAAAGCCACACAUUUGCCGCCCAUUCCUCCAAACGUGUCGCAAGUCUUGCAAGUAUUUUCUGCGGUACAAGUUGUGUCAAUCUUGUCGCAGAAUCCUUCGGUAGAUUCCGCAGAGCAGGCCACAUACGGGGUACAGGUAUCGUAAGGGACGUAUCCAGUAUUUUGGAUGAACUCGUACGUGGAGGUGUGCUAUAUCGGUAUCGAAAGAUAUUUAUAAUUGUCAGCUGCGGUAUGAAUGAAUUAUACGGGAUCAAAAGAAAGGAACCAAUACAAAGACGUAAUCAUGUACUUACAUAACCACCGUGGCAAGACCCCGCACUGUGUUCACAGAAUUGAGAAAUUGUUAGCAACAAGGGUAACAAGAGACACUGGCACGAACAAGCGACGAUCAUUGACUUACCUUUCGGUACCGCAGUUCAAAAUAAACUGGAUGCUAAGAUUGAUGUCAUCGCCCUGAGCGUCGCGCGCGAUCUUGAUUCGAUCUCCGAGACUCGACAAGGCUCCGUGGGCCCAGCAACUUCCACAAUACUGAGGGAUGUGCUGGUUGAGCGACUUCGUCAAAUAACUCUUGCCAUCCCGG